CCACCACCGGCGUAUGGUUUCCACGCGCUGACAAGCCUUGCUACUACUGCUCCCACUUGGCUAGCUGUCUUAUUGCGACAAUAAUCUUCUUUCUUAAUUUUACAAAUCUGCUGUGAUUUAUUUGGUGAAAUCGAGAGCGGAGGCUCCGACAUGGCCUCCGAACCAACAGAGGAAGCUAUUGCGAACUUCGUGAGCUUCACUAGCUCAACCCGCGAACAAGCGAUUAGCUUUCUCAAGGCCAAUAAUUUAAAUUCGAAUCAAGCUAUUAAUGCCUACUUUGAAGAUCCCACGGGCCCUCAGACGCAGUCAAUCAGCUACCAAGAUGACUCCAACGUGCCCUUGUUCCAGAUCGAGCACUCCGACCCGGCCCCUGGCUCCUCCAUCACCGCUCCUUCACGCCCACCGUCAACGCUGAACCUAAGUGAACAAGGAUCUAGCGCAGAGUAUCAACAGAGUACCCCUGCACCUACACAGAACACCAACGAUGUCAACAAAGGCCUAUCUUUGGCUGAACAGGAGGAGCGCGAAUUACAGCAAGCCAUGGCUAUGUCUUUGAACCAAAAUCUUGGGCAACAGGAGACAGGUGUUACAACAAAUGAAGCAAAGUUUGCUCGGGCCACCCGCGACCACUAUGAUGAAGGUGCUUGGGCAAUGACGCUGUUCAACUCCAGCGCUCGUGAGAUCAUUGUUAGUCCCGAUCCAGCGGACCGCAGGAGACGGGAAGAAGAGCCAGCUUUCAUUCGUCCGGCCCAAGACAAUAUAUACCUGAGUGGACUAUUAACGAUCCUGCAUUCUAUUCCACUGGCGAGAGAAGCUCUUAUGCUAAGAAACCGACUUCUUCCGAAUUAUGGUCAUGACCCGCAGUGGUGGAACGGACAAUUAAUCAACCUUCCCAAGAUCGUUACUAUCCACGACGCACAGGACGGUGAUACUGAGUGGGAUGAUAUCAUUUACGAAUCUCAGCGGAUAGUAGCAUUCUUGGACUCUACAGACCGCGCGUUUGGUAGCGUUGAUGCGCUGGCAAGUCUGAAAAACAUGUCUAGCUACGAUUCGGAAGGCAGCGUCGGCAGAUUCUUGGAAUCUUGGCAGAGCGCUGCAGUCCGAGCGGACCCGGACAAUCAAUUGGCGACUAUCUUCUCAUCGACUGCCUAUAAACGGCCUCUCUCGAUAUAUGACACACCAUUGGAUAAGGAAUUUUUUUUGCUGGAUGCAUUUGUGGAGCACGAUCAUGGCCAAACUCUCUAUGAUGUUCUAGAUCGCACCAUGUGGUCCGAUAGACCGGGGGAAGAUCUUGACGACGUAUGGCUGGAACAUGUCGCCGAGGUCUUCACAAUCAAGCUGGAAGGCGCUGACAAACCUGUCGACGUGAAAAUCCCCGCAGUUUUCUAUCCUGAUCGAUAUCUCGCAGCCAGUCGAGAUCGGGCGCGAGAGUUCCGUGCGCAGAGGCUCCGGGUACACGAGAAGAUCUUCAAGCUAGAGAGUCUGAUGGGUCGCUUCUCAACCUCAAAGUUGGCCAUUCACAAAGGAAUGACAUCUAGGGAGACCCUAGAGAAAGCUGCUGUUGCCGUUUCCUCAACGCUCCCCAAGAGCCUGUCCAACAACACGACAGCUUUCACUCCUGAUUCAGCCAAUGCCGAGGCACAGAGACUAACAAAUGAACUGAGAGCGAUAUCUAAUAAAAUAGAAACCAAGCUCAAAGAACUGGAGGUCAAGAAACAAAAUGCUCUGGAAAGCCUUCGGGGUUAUUCUAAUAUUCUCACCGAAGCUUCUUCUUCCGGCGAAUCACCGCAUCAUAAGUACACACUGCGAGGCGUUUGCACUGAGCCUCAUGUGACCUACGUCCUACGGCGCUGUGUGCCAGACGGCCCCACGAACGAAUCAGAACCCGCGACAACUAACGAGUACCAAUGGUGGCGGAUCAGCUUUUCAACAGACGAUGCAAAGAAUCGACAGGCCGAGGCAAACCAAGAAAGCAAAGCUGCUUUACACAAUUCCGAUGUCAUCGGAUACACCGCACGCAAGGUCAGGGAGGUCGAGGUUCUUCGAGCGGCCCGCGAAGAGUCUAAGAAUGUCUUGCUUGUCUACGCCAAUAGCAAUGCAAUGGAUUUGAAGGAAGAGUCUGCCCCCCGUCAACUUCAAGACUUUGUACACAUAGACAACCAAGCAUUCGAGGCCGAAUGUGAUGAAGCAGGUAUUACUAAGAACCAGACUAACCAGAUCCCUGCAUUGAGCGCUUCUGAACCGCUGGAUCAACAACGAGGUCGUACGACACAGAACGUGAAUGUGUUUGACUACCAGGUUCCAUCCUUUGAUGAAGGAAUGGGCCGGGGACAGGAGAUGGAAGAAGUGAGUGGACGUCCUUUGCUCAGCCGAAGUAGCACAGCCGGACCUGUGCAACCUUCGCAGAAUGCCGAUGCGAUGUGGGACCAGGUCGACGAAAAGGCGACAUGAGACUCCGGACGGAGGUCUCGACCCGUAGUUACUGUCAUUUAGAUGGAUAUCAACGCUCUCGCAAGCUAGAUAUUUCCCUAACUGGAUAGAAGGCCAAAAAUAAGAACAAAUAUAAGUUGAUCGGAU